AUGCGUGAGCUUAUGAACUGUGGGGCAGAAUUCAACCACGAUGGCAAAUUGCCGUCCGCAGUCUUCGGUGCAGUGUCUAAUGGCCGCCUGGAAGCCCUUAAGGUUUUGCUCGACAGGGGAGCUGAUCUAUCUGCGCUCAACACAGACGGCAGUUCCAUUCUCCAUCAUGCCGCUAGACACGGAGCAUGGGAUGAGCUGGUUCAGCUCUUGAUAGACCAUGGAGCGGAUCCCCAUGUUGUUGCCUAUAACGAGCAGACUGCUUUACACCAAACUGCGGGCGCCGCAUUCGCCGAAGUCGAGUCUGAGUGCAACCGCUGCAGCUCGCCAAUCCCCGAAAAGGGUAUGCGCUACAUCUGCACCGAGUGUCCUAACAUCAACCUGUGCGCGUCUUGCAUGCGGAGUUAUGAGUCGGAGAAUCUGCGCAUUAAGAUCUGCCGCGGACAGAAUUUCUGGGGGAUCGAAGUCUCGAAGUACCGGCUUUCGCAGCCCAUGCGCGAGGGGAAAGAGAAGGGGUUGGAGAUGGUGAGAGCUCAGUGGUUGCGGAAUCUGAUUAAGAUAUUUACGGUAAAAAGGCGGAUGCUUGUGAGCAAAUACUUGUAUCAUGCUAGCAUAUCUGGCAUAUAUACCUCGAAUUUGAUAAUCAGGAUAGUCCCGGCACCCCAGCCAUAG